AUGGGCGUCAUUAAAAUAAGUAGAUUUACGUUUUCUCAUUUGUCAUUUCUACCGAAGCUUGCCAGUAAACCACAGACGUGGUUGUCACGACGGCUACCGUACUUGAACUACUUGUUUGAAUCGCUAGGUGGAGGUCGGUCCGUCUCCUCUCAUCACCGAUCUAGACAUUGUUUAGACAGUUUGCCCCAGUCAGACUGCUGGGACAUGACAGCCAACGUGGUCAGUGACGGGGAUACACAAACCCGAGUCAUUAAUCUGUGUCAGAACAAACUGAGGACAGAUAUACACGAGGGCAAUGGAUUAUCCAGAGAUAUCAGCCGAGUGGUGUCGUUAAGUGCCACUUGCCUACAGAAAGGAGGAGUCAUUGCCGUUCCAACAGACACAAUAUAUGGAGUUGCCUGCCUGGCUCAGAAUACAGAAGCUAUUGAGAGAAUCUACGAGAUCAAGCAGAGAAAUUUCCAGAAUCCUGUCGCCAUUAGUGUUGGGGAGAUUGAUGACAUCUACAAAUGGAGUAAGGUCACUGUUCCACGAACGAUCUUAACAGAUUUGCUUCCUGGGCCAGUCACUGUGGUAUUUGAGAGGAGUCCUCAGCUCAACCCCACCCUGAAUCCACAUACGAAUCUUGUAGGUAUCCGCAUUCCAAACCAGUUGUUUAUACAGACGCUAGCCAAACAGUGUGCAGCUCCCAUUGCCUUGACCAGUGCAAAUGUCAGUGGAUCCAAAAGUUGUCUGCAAGUUGAGGAGUUUGAAAAUCUUUGGCCAAAACUGGAUCUUGUUGUAAAUGGUGGCAAGUUGAGUGACACUGAAGAAUCCCGCCUGGGCUCCUCUGUUGUAGAUCUGUCUGUGCCAGGAACUUUCCGCAUCAUCCGACCUGGAAGUGCUCACAAAGCCACAGUGGCGUGUCUGCGAAACAAACACAGACUGGUGGAGAUUUCAACGAGUCAGCAAGACAGAUAA